AUGUGGCGAGUUAGUGUUCUGUUCCGUGGUGCCUGCCUCUAAUACGCCAGAGACACGAGUUUUACGGUACUUCUACACAACACGGACCAGAAACGAGAUGGCCGAUCCCAGCUGUGGAGGUUCUACUGAAGAUAUGCAUCCUGGUCACCUUGGGAACGAGACUGAAGAUCUUGGCUCUUGGAACCCUCGGGACGAGACUGAAGAUCUAUGCCCCAGCCAUCCUGGGAAGGAGACCAGCAGCAGGGAGGGCCAGACAGCAGACGCAGGCCGGCAGCAGGACUGGGAAGAACCAGCUUCAUGCCAGGAAACGUUUGAUGGGAAGGUCAGGAAAACUGGGUCGUCAUCACAGACAGAACGGGAAGAAAGUUGCAAUACUGAAAAGCCCUACAUGUGUGGGGUGUGUGGGUACAGGACAGCUCAGAAGUCAGACCUAUCUGAACAUGUGAAUACUCAUAAUCUCUUCAAGUGUGACCAGUGUGACUUUUCUGCUGCAGAUAGAUACACUUUUAUCAGACAUCUAAGAAAGCACAGUGGUGAGAAACCCUACAUGUGUGGGGAGUGUGGGUUCAGAGCAGCUCGGAAAUCUACCUUAUCUGAACAUAUGAGAAUUCAUACAGGUGAAAAACCCUACAAGUACAAGUGUGACCAUCAUCAGUCGGCUGCUGUGCAGUCGGUCACGAUUCUAUUCCACCUCAGUCUGUCGGCAGCCAGUGCAGCUAUAGCAGUGGGGUUCAGGUCGCCCUCCGCGUCCCCCAGCAGGUUUUGUAUAUACGACAGGUAG